AUGUCCAGUCAAACAACCGUGAACCCAGCAAGCCAACACUACCUCUCCGCCGCGUCCGAAGCCCGCACCGCAUUGCUCUUGAUCGACAUCCAACGCGGCCUGAACACCAGCCACGGCUUCUACGGCACCGAGCGCUCGACACCCAGCUUGGAGGAAAACGUCUCGGCCAUCCUGGCCGCGUGCAGAGGGUACAACUCGCGCACAUUCGAGUCCAAGGGAUGCAAUAAUCCUGAAUCCUCCCUGGCUUCUUCUUCCCAUCAAAAAGCAACGGUCUGUGCCAGUACCGGUGCCACUGAAUCCAACACCCCAGCCCCAACUACAACCCCAUCAAAGCUCCCAUACCCUCAUACGAUAGAAAUCAUACAUAUCUACCACAAAUCCACGAACCCACUAUCGCCACUACACAUCUCGGGCGCCGCGCAGAAGGACGGGAUACUGUUCAUGCCGUGUGCGGAACCGGCGGCGGUGUCGCCAGCGUCGAGCCACACCUCUCGGCCGCUGGAGUCCUCCUCGCCAACGAUGAAUGAGCACGUCCUUUCCAAAUCGACAAACACGGCCUUCGGCAACCCCGAGUUACAGACGAUCCUGCAGCGCGGGGGUAUCGAGCAGCUUGUCGUCUGCGGGAUCGCGACGGAUCACUGCGUGACGACGAGUGUGCGGUGGGCGAGGGACCUGGGCGUGGUGCAGCAGACGACGCGGCACGGGCGGCGACCUAUCCGAGAAGGAGUGGAAGCACGAGAGGAAGACGACGCAGAAGCUGAAGACGGCAAGAUCGUCGUCCUCAGCGACGCCACCGCGUGUUUCAACAAGGGCGGGUUCGACGCCGAGACAGUCCAACAGGUCCAUCUCGCCAGUCUCGAGGGCGAGUUCGCAAAGGUCAUGACCACGAGGGACGUGCUGGAUCAGCUGUUUGGAUGA